CUGUGACGCACUUGGUGAGCUGCUUCUCCUGCGUUUCGUAAUCGGACUUCUGCUUCUCAAGGAUAACAGCCACCUCGGCGUUAGACAGACACGUCUCGUUGCGGAAGUCGUCGCCCAGGUUGAGCUCCGCUGCGUCCUCCGUGUCCACCACGUGCUGCGGGUUCGACGACAUGGUUGUUGUAACAAUCACAAAGUGAUCGAUUUCAGUUGCACACCAUCUGCACACCAACCUCUCUUCGUACUUAACCGGAGCACCAACUUUUUCAUCCACACUUUUUGACACUACAAAAUGUUGAGCUCCUCGCGGACGCUGAAGACGCUCAGCGCGGUCUCGCAGCGCACGUUCUCGGCCAAAGCAGGCGCCGGUGGCAUCGCUGGACCGAAGAUCACAGGCGUCCUGCGCUUCUAUAAAGAUGUGGGCGUCAAGGACGUGGAGGGUCCAGAGAAAGAGGCCGGAGAAGAGCCACGUAAGCUCUACGCUGUGACUCUGGAUGGCAAGACGGUCAAGACACCGCGACAGCAGCCCGUGCGGUUGCCGACGCGCGCUAUGGCGUACGCUGUGGCCCACGAGUGGGACUCGCAGAGCCAUGACAUCCGCCCGGCCACGAUGCCUAUCAUGACGCUGGCGUCCACAGCGCUGGAUCUCGUGUACACUUCCAGCAGCCAGGAGACGAUCGACGAGAUGAUGCACUACCUACACACGGACACGGUUUGCUACCAGGUGACGGCCGACCAACAGGAGAAGCUCGUUGCGUUGCAACAGAAGAAGUGGAAACCCAUCCGCAAGUGGUUCAGCGACUUGUUCGAGGGCGAAGUGGACGUGAGCCACGGCAGCAUCGACCGCCUGGCGCACGACCAGCAGCUUGUCGACAAUGUGCGCGCUCACUUGGAGAAGGUUCGUGCUGCGGCUGGUAGAAAAAAAAAAACAUGUUCAGGGAUGGUUGAUGAUAUGGUACUGCUGUUGUUGUGACAGCUGAAUGACUUCGAGCUGACGGCUAUGCGCACGCUGACGAAGGAGUGCAAGUCUUUGAUCACCGCAUUGGCGGUCUUUAAGCGCCAUAUCACAGCGAAGGAGGCCAUGGAUAUCUGCCGCUUGGAGGAAGAGUUCCAGAUCAACAACUGGGGGCUUGUGGAGGGCGGUCAUGACCUCGACCGCGUCAACUGCGCCGUGAAACUCUCGAGCGCGUCCUUCCUGCUCUACCUGCUGGAGAACAAGCACUAAUGUCUAGACCGGCAUGCGAGCGAGCAAGGUGCUAAAUGUAAUGCAUUCAGCGAUUUUGACUGGAUAUA